AAUGAGGGAGAAAUGUGAAAUAAUUGUUGGUGCCAGAAUGGAUGGUUUCAGUAUCUCAGAAACUGCUGAUCAUCUGGGAUUUUCAUGCACAACAGUCGUUAAAGUUUACAAAGAAUGGUGCAAAAACAACAACAAAAAACAGUGAAUGGCAGUCCUCGGGACAAAAAAGUCUUGCUAAUGAGAGUGGUCAGAAGAGAAUGGCCAGACUGGGUCUCUCUCUCUCCCUCUGAGGACAUUACUGUGAUUUUGGUGGAACCUGCUAAUCUGUGCAUCGGUCAGUCCAGCCAUAUGAAAUGCAAGAUUUUAAGUGAGAAAUCUUUCUGAUAUUCAACAAGAAAACAAAGAUCUACUUGAUCAAGAAGGCACAUCCAAAAUCGACAGUGGACAGUAGAGCCCGAUGAAGAACAUGACUUUCUGAAGGUGCCUCUUUAGUCAAGAAAGUACAGCAGCCUCUUUACUUCCUGAGGAGGUUGAGAUUGAUACUGAAUUGCAACCAUUGCCAUGAUGAGGUUGACUUGCUUUUCUACCAGCAUUAUCGCACUUAUGGCCAUUCAGGUUCUGACCUUUUUCUUCUUGUAUUCCAAACAAAACGUGGCUAUAUAUCCAUCCAAUGAACAGAAAAACAAAGUUCACAUCCUCAUUCUUUCUUCCUGGAGAUCGGGCUCCUCCUUUGUAGGACAAAUGUUUAGUCAACAUCCUGAUGUCUUUUAUUUAAUGGAGCCUGCCUGGCACGUGUGGGUACAAAUGAAUCACGAGAGUGCAAAGGUCUUGAAAAUGGCUGUUAGGGAUCUGGUACGAUCCACAUUUUUGUGUGACAUGUCAGCAUUUGAUUCAUACAUGUCUGAAGACAGACUUGUAUCUCACUUAUUCCAGUGGGAAGUCAGCCGAGCCCUCUGCUCACCACCUAUGUGUAACCGCUAUGCAAGAACUGACCUCAGCAAUGAUUUAAUCUGUAAGAAACACUGCAACAGGACCAAUUUUUUCAAAAUGGAAGAAGCCUGCAAAACCUACAGUCAUGUUGUGAUCAAAGAAGUGAGAUUCUUCGAAUUAAAGUCACUCUUUCCUCUCUUCACGGACCCCCAGCUGAACCUCAAAAUCAUCCAUCUUGUUAGAGACCCAAGAGCUGUCCUUAAAUCUCGUGAAAUGUCACUUCAUGCUCUGGUACGAGACAAUGGUGUUAUUUUAGGUAAACAGAUAGAAAAGGAAAAAGAAGAGGCUUCAAACUAUGAUGUCAUGAAAGAAAUUUGUAAAAGUCAUUUACUGAUAUACAAGCUUGCAAAUGAAAAUGCUCCUGAAUUCCUAAAACAACACUAUAUGAUGGUACGGUAUGAAGAUGUAGUAAGAGAUCCACUUAAGGAGAUAUCAGCAAUGUAUAAAUUCACUGGUUUAAAUCUGACUCCAAAACUUGAGUCUUGGGUAUAUAAUAUCACACAUGGGGAAGGAACUGGAUCUGCUUUCAAAAUAACAUCUAGAAAUGCCAGAAGCAUAUCAGAGGCAUGGAGGACUGCAAUGCCAUAUGAAAAAAUUUCAAAAGUACAGAAAAUCUGUGGGAAAGCUAUGAACAUGCUUGGAUAUAUACAGGUUCAUUCAGAGUAUGAACAGAAACUCUUAUCCCGGGACCUUCUGCUUCCACGGAGAAAAUAUCAGUUCAGCUGGUUGAGUUCUGACGAGGAUGCCAGAGAUAUGUUGGAAAUGGAAGCAACGUUUUCAGUGCUUUCGUGGCUAUCUCAGGAUAUUCAGCCUUGACUUUGAUCCAGAAUGCCAGCAGAGAUGUUAUGUCAAACAUACUUUUCAGCCUGCUGUCAUUUGCAAGCUCGAGGAGUUGAUCUUUUACCCGCGCUGACGUGGAUGAUGCGCGGGUAAUGACCUCGCGUGCGUUCAAGCUCAACAAUGCGUGACAGGGAAUGAGGAAAGGUGCUGCUGACUCCUAUCGUUUCCUGGUGGCCCGGUACCGGUCCGCGGCCCGGUGGUUGGGGACCGCUGGCUUAGAUGAAUACUUGCUUAGAUAGACACCCGAUUUAGUGUUUCACUGUUCAUUUUAAAUAAAUACCUAA